AUGGGCAGAGGGAAAGUUGAGCUAAAGAGAAUUGAGAACCCAACAAACAGGCAAGUGAGCUUCUCAAAGAGAAGGAAUGGAAUAUUGAAGAAGGCUUUCGAACUGUCCAUCCUUUGCGAUGCUGAGGUUGGCCUUCUCAUCUUCUCUCCCUCUGGAAAGGCUUACCAGUUUGCCAGUCAUGACAUGGAUGGGACCGCUGCAAGGCAUUAUGCAGGAGAAGAUCUAUCAUCAUUGGGCAUGAAAGAUUUAAAACAACUUGAGCGCCAGAUGAGGAUAGGGCUCGAACGCAUCCGCUCCAAGAUGAGACGCGUCAUCUCUGAGCAGAUCAACUUGCUGAAGAGUAGGGUGAGCUUCUAG